GUGCUGUAAGCCCCAGACGUGCCCACCUGUGCCUGAAGGUGUCCAUCCGCCGCCCCCGCGGCCCCUUCCGGUGCACAGGUAGGGACCGUACAGCUCCGCUGCAGCGGGGCGUGGAGUCUCCUGCCAGGGGUAGGGACCAAGUGGGAUCGUUGGAGACAAGGUGCUUUCAGACAUGAUGGCGCGGCCGUGGCUGUCCUGCCUCUUGCUUUCUGCUUUCAUCAUGUCUGUGGCAGCCAACGUGGCCCCGACGUUUCUGCCCAACAUGACGGCAGUGAGGCUGCCUGAGGACCUACCAGUGGGUGCCGAGGCCUUUUGGUUGGCAGCUGAGGAUCUGGACCAUGACCCUCUGACCUAUGGGAUUAGUGGCACCUACGCCUACUUCUUCAAUGUCACCCCAGCCACUGGGGAAGUAAAACUGGCCUACGCUCUGGACUAUGAGACACUCUACUUGUUCGACGUUGUCAUUUCUGUGACCGACCAUCACAACAACCCAAAGGAGAAGAAUUUGCAGGUGAUUGUGGAGGACAGAAAUGACAACGCACCCGUUUUCAAGAACACCGAUUUCUCCACCAACGUCAGUGAGACCCUGCCGGUCGGCUCCCUGGUGUUCUCUGUGCUGGCGGUGGACAAAGACACAGGGCCUGCUGGUGUGGUGAGGUACUUCAUACAGGAGGUCAUCCCGAGCACCGGGGACAGCAAGGACCUCUUCAGGAUCCUGCCCAACGGCUCCAUCAUCCUCAAUGGCAGCCUCAGCUACAACAACAAGAGCGCCUUCUACCAGCUGGAGCUGAAGGCCUGUGACUCAGGCGGCGAGUACAACAACAGCGUCAUCACCCAGUGCUCCUCCCCUGUCUUCCUGUCCAUCUCUGUGGUUGACCAGCCAGAUCUGGACCCCCAGUUUGUCAGAGAGUUGUACUCGGCCUCUGUGGCUGAGGAUGCGCCCCAGGGAACCUCAGUGCUUAAGGUGGAGGCUGUGGAUAGGGACAAAGGCAUCAACGACCGUGUGACCUACCGGAUCUCCAACUCCACAAGGCCAGGCUGGUUUGACAUCAGGCCAGACGGGGUGAUCAGGGUCAGCGCUGCCCUGGAUCGUGAGCAGCUGCUGAAGGACGAUGAGGAGGUGCAGGUCCAGGUUACGGCUACCGAGGAGCACCCCAACAUUUAUGGGCAGGAAGCCAAGGUGAGCAUAUGGGUCGUGCUGAGCGUGACAGACGUCAAUGACCACAAACCCGAGUUUUUCAACUGCAGCCUCCCAGCCUGCACCUUCAGCCCGCAAGAGGCCCAGGCCAACUUCGUCGGCUCCGUGGAUGAGCACGCCUCCACCCGCAUCCCCAUUGAUGACCUCACCAUGGUGGUGUACGACCCCGACAAGGGCAGCAAUGGCACCUUCCUGCUGUCGCUGGAGGGCCCGAAUGCCCAAGCCUUCAGCAUCUCCCCUGAGCGAGCAGCAGGCUCAGCCGAGGUACAGGUGCUGGUGCGGGACCCGUCGCUGGUGGACUAUGAGAAGCAGCCCGUGAUGCUGGUGAAGGUCGUGGCCAUUGACUCUGUCAGCAGGAACUCCUCUGUCGCCAUGGUGACCGUCCAUCUUAGAGACAUUAAUGACCACAGGCCCACAUUCCCUCAUGGCCUGUACAACCUCAGUGUCCCCGAGCACAGUAAAAAUGGCUUUGUAAUCACCGACAGCAUCCAUGCCUCUGACCCAGACACAGGUGAGGGGGGCCGCAUCACCUACAGCCUGCUUCCAGGGAGUGGGGAAGACAUCUUUGAGGUGGACCCAGCUUCAGGGAAACUGAUGGUGAAGAAUAGUGAGCUGCUGGACAGGGAGAAGCAGGCCGUGUACUACCUCACACUGCAGGCCACCGACGGCGGGAACCUGUCGUCCUCCACCAUGCUGCAUGUCUACCUGCUGGACAUCAAUGACAACGUGCCGGUGGUCAGCGGCUCCUACAACAUCUUUGUCCAGGAGGAGGAGGGCAAUGUCUCUGUGACCAUCCAGGCUCAUGACAACGACCAGCCAGGCACCAACAAUAGCCGUCUGUACUUUAGCCUACUGCCCAGUCCCUACAGCCACAACUUCUCAGUGGACCCCGAUACAGGGCUCCUCAGAAACCUGGGGCCCCUGGACAGAGAGGCCAUCGACCCUGCCCUGAGGGGCCGAAUUGUGCUGACCGUGCGUGUGGCUGACUGUGGCAACCCUGUCCUCAGCACCGAGGUCAACGUCAGCAUCACUGUGGAGGACAUCAAUGAUAAUGUGCCCAUCUUCAGCCAGUUGAGCUACACCUUCCCGGUGAAGGAGAGGGACCUAGGGGUGCUGGUGGGUGUGGUGAAGGCCUGGGAUGCAGACCAGACGGAAGCCAACAACCGCAUCAGCUUCAGCCUGUCAGGGGGCGGUGCCAGCAACUUCGUGAUCCGAGGCUCAGUGCUGCAGUCUGGGCAGGCCGAGGGCCACCUCAGGCUGGCCUCAGACGUGAGCCUGGACUACGAGACCCAGGCCUCCUACAACCUGACAGUGAGUGCCGAGAACCCAGACCCCCAGGGGGCUGAGGCCACAGCAGGAAUCUUCGUGCCCGUGGAGGACGUGAAUGAUGAGCCACCCACGCUGGACGCGGCCUCGCUCCGGGGCAUCCGUGUAGCUGAGAAUGGCUCGCAUCAUGGCCUGGUGGCUGAGGUGGUUGCCCGGGAUGUGGACACCACUGCCCAGCUGGAGGUGCAGCUUGUGGAUGUGACCUGUACCAAGGCUGGGGUUGACGUGGGCAGCCUGUGCCACGGCUGGUUCUCUGUGCUGGCCAACGGCUCUGUGCUCGUCAAUCAGAGCGAGGCCAUCGACUACGAGACCUGUGACCUGGUCACGCUGGUCGUGCGGGCCUAUGACCUCACAACGGACCCCCGCUUCCAGGCCUACAGUGACAAUGGAAGCCUCCUCAUCACCAUUGAGGACGUGAAUGACAACGCACCCUAUUUUCUGCCUGAGAAUAAGACUUUCGUGAUCAUCCCAGAACUUGUGCUGCCCAAUCAGCAGGUGGCUUCUGUCCGGUCUAGAGACAAUGACUCAGGGAGCAACGGGGCCAUCCUGUUCUCCAUCCUCCAAGUGGAUUUCAUCACUGAGGAUGGGACCGUGAUCCCUUUCCAGGGCUUCUUCCGGGUCUCCACCUCCUCGGAGGCCAACACAUUCAUCGGCAAUAUUGAGCUGGUGACCAGCCUUGAUUCCACUCUCCGAGGUACCUACCAAGUGACAGUUCAGGCCCAGGACCAACCUUCCGUGGGUCCUGCCCAGGCAUCCAAAAUCACCCUGAAUCUCUUCACUGUGGACCAGAGUUACCGUGUGAGGCUGCAAUUCUCCACGAACAAGGAGGAGGUGGGCGCCAACACGGAGAAGAUUAUGGCGGCUCUUGCCCAGGCAACCAGGACUACUGUCUACAUUGUGGACAUUAAGGACUUGGACUCCACGGCUCGGGCCCGAGGCCGUUCCUACCUCGAUGCCUACUUUGUCUUCUCGAAUGGGUCAGCCCUGACACUUGAUGAGCUGAAUGUGUUGAUCCGGGAAGACCAGGACUCCCUGACACAACUGCUGCAGCUGGGGCUGGUGGUGCUGGGCUCCCAGCAGAGCCAGGAGUCAGACUUGCUGAAGACGCUCUCUAGCACCAUCAUAGGAUUGGGAGUGGCUUUGCUGCUGGUCAUCAUGAUCAUGACCUUGGUCCUCGUGUGUGUCCGAAAGAGCUACCAGCGGAAGCUUUGGGCUAUGAAGGCUGCCAAGGAGGCCCGGAAGACAGCGGCAGGGGUAAUGCCCUCAGUCUCUGCCAUCCCCGGGACUAACGUGUACACCUCUGAGCGGGCCAAUCCCAUGCUGAACCUCUCCACCAAGGACCUAGGCUUUGAGAGUCAGUCCUCCUCCAGCGACCUGGAUCACAUCAGCCUCAAUUCCCUGGACAACAACUCCGUGGACCUGGAAAAGGACAAACAGGAAACCAAGAUGGAGCCCCUGCAUAGUUCAAUGGAGCCAGACGCAGAGCCCCUCAGUGUGGUGCUGUCAGGAAGAAAGGCAGGCACAGGGGGACAGCAGGACAAGCUGUCAUUCACCAAUGCUGGCCUAGACACCACAGACAUAUGAUGGGGGCCCUUCCACCCAUCCCUAAAUGGGCCCCCACUCUUCUGGUCUACCUCAGAAGAUGACCUGUCUCCCCCAAACUAUGCCUACCCUCCCUGAACAUAAUUACUCUGCACCCUUCUGCUUGUAGCCAAUCACAGCUAACAAGAGUUGGGGGAAAGUUUUAUUACCAAUGUA